AUGGCUUCUGCGAACCUCCCAACCACUAUCCGGGCUGUUUAUCAGAUCGACCCCAAACUCACAACUCUCAAACUCCAGCAAACUCCCCUCCCCAAGCCUUCUGGUCCCGAUGACCAUCUCAUCAAGAUCAAAGCCACAGCACCUUGCCUCGGUGAACUAGGUUGGGAAAUCAACUACCCAUCGAUUUUCCCGCCGAACCGAGAGCGUGUUCCCGGAACUGAGGCUGCUGGCAUUGUCGCUACUUCACCAGAGUCUAGUCCUUUUAAGCCUGGCGAUGAAGUGUACUUCCGUCUUCAUGCUAGAUUCCCAGGAUGUCUGCGAGAAUACACAAUUGCUCAUACUGAGGAGCUGGCAUUGAAGCCCAAGUCGCUCGACUGGGUUGAGUCCACCGCAACGCCACUCAGCACAUUGACUGCGUGGCAAGGAGUGUUUACUCAAGGAACUCUCAACAAGCACGGCAUUCGAGGUGAUGCCGAUGCAAGGGCUUAUAACAGCAAGCUGAGAGUCCUGAUCACUGGCGCCGGAGGCAGCGUCGGAACCUGGGCAGUUCAGUUUGCCGCAGCUGCAGGUGCCGGCUCUGUCGUUGCCCAAUGCAGUGGCGCAAAUAUCGAGGCGGCCAAGAAGGCCGGAGCCACAGAAAUCAUCGAUUACAAGAAGCAGUCCAUUGACGAGUGGGCUAAGGAAGACCCCUCUCGUGAGGUGGACCUCAUCCUGGACUGCCUUGGUGGACCGACUCUGGCUUCAUGCUGGUCUGCGGUCAAGGAGAAUGGUACCUUGUUGAGUGUUGUCGGUGGACCAGAUGAACUAAAGCCAGAGUCCGUGACAAAGAAGCUGGCCAAGAGCACCUGGUUCCUCAUGGACUGCAAGGGCGAGGACCUGAAGGAGAUUGCCGACUUUAUUGAUGCGCGCGGACUGAAACCCCAGAUUGAUAGCGUGGUUGAGUUUGAGCAGUUCCAGGAAGCUUAUGACAAGGUCGAGCAGAAGAAGGCAAAGGGCAAGGUUGUCAUUAAAGUUGACAUUUAAGUGAAGAAGAUAAAACGAUGAUAGUGAUGAAAAUAUUGAUCAUGUAGCUACUUGAAUGAUGAAAUAACGUCUGAUUG